UUCCGUCUGUCAGCUGGUAUACUUCCGGGAGAGAAACUAAGACAACAGUGGAGCUUUUACAAAACAACUACAAGUACACCAAAAUAUAUAUUUACACGUACGUCGUUUGACAACCAAAGACAGAGUAUCAAUAUGUUCUCCUUCCAUGUGUUCGACCACCCCAUGACCCGGGGCUUUCAGAACCGCUUCUCCACUCAGUACCGGUGCUACUCGGUGUCCAUGCUGGCCGGACCCAACGACCGCUCCGACGUGGAGAAAGGAGGCAAAAUCAUUAUGCCACCCUCAGCUCUUGACCAACUCAGCAGGCUUAACAUCACUUACCCAAUGCUGUUCAAGCUGACCAACAAGAACUCAGACAGAAUGACGCAUUGUGGUGUUCUGGAGUUUGUGGCGGAUGAGGGAAUCUGUUAUCUUCCACACUGGAUGAUGCAGAAUCUCCUGCUGGAGGAAGGUGGUCUGGUCCAAGUGGAAAGUGUCAACCUCAUGGUGGCCACUUAUUCAAAGUUCCAGCCCCAGAGUCCUGAUUUUCUGGACAUUACAAACCCAAAGGCAGUACUGGAGAAUGCACUGAGAAACUUUGCAUGCUUGACAACUGGUGAUGUCAUAGCCAUCAACUACAAUGAAAAGAUCUAUGAGCUGCGAGUGAUGGAGACCAAGCCUGAUAAAGCAGUAUCCAUUAUUGAGUGUGAUAUGAAUGUGGACUUUGACGCUCCUUUGGGUUACAAAGAGCCUGAGCGACGACCCCACCACCAGGAAGAACCAACAGAGGAAGAGGGAGACCCCAGCAGUUAUACUGACAUGGACAUGGGAUUCAGAGCUUUCACCGGCUCAGGCAAUCGUCUGGAUGGUAAAACAAAAGGGAUUGAGCCCAGCCCUGCCCCUCUUGGUCCAAGUGACAUCAGAAGAGGCAUUCCAAACUACGACUUCAAAGUUGGCAAGAUCACCUUCAUCAGAACCUCAAGGCCUCUGCCCAGGAAACUUUUAGAUGACGAUGAUGCCUUGAACAGAUUCAUUGCCUUCUCUGGAGAAGGACAGUCACUACGCAAGAAGGGCAGAAAGCCUUGAAGAAUUACAAACGAAGAGUUUACAUUAUGCGACACCUGCAACAGCAAAGUUAAAUAACUGACUAUUGUUGAGAGGAACUGGGGUUUUAGCUUUCUCUGUCUUAAAUUGAAGCUUUGCUGUUGACUUUUGAUUAUAGUUUGUGAUUAAAACUCUUGACAGUAGUAUUUUGCUCAAAUGAAAGUGAGCUGCUUAAAACUGUCUGUUGAAAUUUGGUAUGUACAAGUUCAGGGUAACAUACUUGAGCCGGGCAGAAAACAUUAUAUUAUCAACACAAAAAAAACAAAACGUAAUUAUUGUAAUGGGGUAAAAGAGUGUUCAGUUACUUUUGACUUUCAGCACAGUGUGGUUUGUGGAAUUGUUACACUUUUUUACAAUUCAUCUUAAAUAUGCUGUACCCUGAAUCCCAUUUUGGUGAUCAAAUGGGAGCAAUAAUAAUUUUCUUUUAAGUAUAAUGGAAAAAUAUUUUACUUUUGAAGAUUUUUUUUUUGUGAAAUAUUCAUUUGUUGUUUUUUUGUUUAUUUAUAGAAAAAUAAAAGAUUGUGUUUUGGAAUUGUCAUAA